GUGAUUGCCGAGACGGUGCAGUCGUUCGCCAAGCUCGUGGGGCCGACGGGCUACGUGUUCACGUCGGGUGGCAUUGGCCCGACGCACGACGACAUCACGUACGAAAGCAUCGCCGCCGCCUUUCGUAUGCCCAUGGAAGUGCAUGGCCCUACGCGCGACGACCUCAAGCGCUUCCUCGAAGCCAAGGGCCAAGAACUUAACGAAGAUCGUCUGCGUAUGGUCACAUUUCCGAAAGGUCUGUUUGUCCACCACCGUUGCCAUCCUGUGCCGAUCGUCGCCGUUGAGAAUGUGUACAUCCUCCCGGGCAUUCCGCGUCUCUUGCAUCAAAUGAUCGAGUCCAACGAAGACCAUUUCAAGGGCGUUCCGAUCUUGCAAGCCAAGGCGCGGACGCACCUCUUUGAAGGCGCCAUCGCCGCGGGCCUCAAGAAGAUCCAGAACGAGUACCCGUCCGUCAUGAUUGGCAGCUACGUCAACACCAAAGAGGACCACAUUGACGUCGAGAAGCGCUCGUUCCAAGUCCAAGUCACGCUGUACAGUCGCAGCCAAGCCUCGAUUGAUACGGUGCUGCCGCUCAUCGUCCAGACCAUUGACGGCUGGGUCGCGCCCACGGACGAAUAGAGUCUAGCGCUAAAACUUAAAGAAGCAAUCGGUCUUCUAAUAGCUCCAAGAGAUAAGCAAUCCGUCUUCCUUUG